AUCAUACACCGGGCGUGUUGCUUCCGCAUUGGUUUUGAAGAUAAUCACUUGGGAGAGACAUUCGUGUCGACUGGCCAGAGUCCACGAAUCGAAUAGCCAACCGGAAUACGAAUUAACCUCAUUUCGGCUGAAGACAUAGUAACAAUAUGCCUGAGACAUUCAGCUUCGGUAUAGAUCCAGUUACUACUCAUUCCUGGAACAACAAUCAUACAGAGGUUGCUGUUUCUCUAAAUAAUCAUGAGGUGAAGGUGUACAAGAAGACUGGCAUCACCUACAACAACACUGCCACCCUGAGCGAACAUGGACAGCGUGUGACUAGUAUUGAUUGGGCACCCAAAAGUAACAACAUUGUCACCUGUGGUGCUGACAGGAAUGCCUAUGUUUGGACUCUCCAGGAUGAUGGUAAAUGGAAGCCCGUCCUGGUAAUCUUAAGAAUCAACCGUGCAGCAACUUGUGUGCGCUGGUCACCAGAUGAGAACAAAUUUGCAGUUGGAAGUGGUGCUCGUAUCAUUUCCAUUUGCUACUUUGAAGAAGAUAAUAAGUGGUGGGUCAGUAAGCACAUCAAGAAGCCAAUACGAUCAACUGUUACAUGCCUUGACUGGCAUCCAAACAACAUUCUGUUGGCAGCAGGCUCCACCGAUUUUAAGGCAAGAGUUUUCUCUGGAUACAUCAAGGAUGUAGAGAAGAAACCAUCUGCCACUAGCUGGGGGUCUAAGAUGAAUCUUGGAAAUCUCAUGUGUGAAUUCUCCAAUGGUGGAGGUGGAUGGGUCCAUAGUGUGUCAUUCUCCCCUAGUGGAGAAAAGCUGGCCUGGGUAGGACAUGACGCUAGUGUGUCUGUUGCCUUGGCAGGAAAUGGUGACCAAAUUGCUGUUGUCAAAGGAAACUUCCUGCCUUUCAUGAGUCUGACUUGGGUGACUGAGAAUAGCAUGGUCUGUGUGGUAAGGACUUUUCUAUGGUCGCCAGCUGUCUCUUAUCAAAAGACCAGCUUGAUGGCUGUGAUGGCACACGAUACCAACAUCUUUUAUUGUGUAACAUAUUUAAAUAGAUUGUGGUGGAUGAAAUGGCCAUGCCUUUAUUUUCAUCUCUCCAGCAAAGUGUCUGUGUUUGCUGGGACUAAGGCUGACUGUACCAAAUUCUCUACCUCUGGAGCAGAUGGCCAGCUCAUCAUUUGGGACUUUAAAUCCCUGGAAAAGAGCAUCUCUGGCCUGAGGAUAGCAUAGACAUCUUUAUACCACAAGUCUUUCACACGGAUGUGUACCAUAAUCUUCUCAAAUCUCCACCAGUAUAUACAAGGAUGUGUACCAUAAUCUUCUCAAAUCUCCACCAGUAUAUACAAGGAUGUGUACCAUAAUUUUCUCAAAUCUCCACCAGUAUAUACAAGGAUGGGCUCAUACAAUAAACAGUAUCCGACAAAUCGCCAGUAAAUACUGGCCAUAUAUCAUUAACACAUAAGCACUACUGCAACUUUCCAUCAAAUCUGUUAUUUGUACGUUCACAGUACAAACAGCAAUUAUAUAUACAGUGUGUAAAUUGUCACCAAGCAGAUUUUCUUUGCAGAUAAGUCACCAAUAUGUCAUAUUUACAUGUAUACUUAAAAUUCAACAUACCAGUGACUUAUAUACAUGUAUAGCUGAAAUUCAACAUACCAGCGACUUAUAUACAUGUUUACUUAAAAUUCAACAUACCAGAGACUUAUAUAUAUAUAUGUAUAGCUGUAAUUCAACAUACCAGUGUGCUGUUUUGUCUUCUAAACAGUUACAUGUGAUGCAUAUUCAAGGAACCAUCUGUUUCACUACACUUCUAUUUAAUUAAGAUUUGUACUUACUAUUUCUAUAAAUGAAUUAAAGGUUUCAUUUUAAUUCUUA